GCAUGCCGGCUGUGCUUUGGCUUCGCGGCUGGGUGUGCUGAGGCAGAGAGCGAGGCCUAGUGGAGCCACCGGCGCGGGGCGGCGCGAGCCGGCUUGUGGAGGUUUGUGCUUGAAAAGGGACGGCGGAAGGACGCCUCACGUCCCAGCGGCACCGGCUCGGGUCGCCUGGAGCCAGCCUGAAAUCAUGACUACCCCAGGAAAAGAGAACUUUCGCCUGAAAAGUUAUAAAAAUAAAUCCCUAAAUCCUGAUGAGAUGCGCAGGAGAAGGGAGGAAGAAGGGUUACAGUUACGAAAGCAGAAGAGAGAAGAACAGUUAUUCAAGCGAAGAAAUGUUGCAACAGCAGAAGAAGAAACAGAAGAAGAAGUUAUGUCAGAUGGAGGCUUCCAUGAGGCUCAGAUUAAUAAUAUGGAAAUGGCUCCAGGUGGUGUUAUCACUUCUGACAUGAUUGAGAUGAUAUUUUCCAAUAGUCCAGAGCAACAGCUUUCAGCAACGCAGAAAUUUAGAAAACUCCUUUCAAAAGAACCUAAUCCUCCUAUUGAUGAAGUUAUCAGUACACCAGGAGUAGUGGCCAGAUUUGUGGAGUUCCUGAAACGAAAAGAGAAUUGUACAUUGCAGUUUGAAUCAGCUUGGGUUUUGACAAAUAUUGCUUCAGGAAAUUCUCUUCAAACCCGGAUUGUGAUCCAGGCAGGAGCUGUACCUAUCUUCAUAGAGUUACUCAGCUCAGAAUUUGAAGAUGUCCAAGAGCAGGCAGUUUGGGCUCUUGGCAACAUUGCUGGAGAUAGUACCAUGUGCAGGGACUAUGUCUUGGACUGCAAUAUUCUUCCCCCUCUUCUGCAGUUAUUUUCAAAGCAAAACCGUCUGACCAUGACCCGGAAUGCAGUAUGGGCUUUGUCUAAUCUCUGUAGAGGGAAAAGUCCACCUCCAGAGUUUGCAAAGGUUUCUCCAUGUUUGAAUGCACUUUCCUGGUUGCUGUUUGUUAAUGACACAGAUGUACUGGCUGAUGCAUGCUGGGCUCUCUCAUAUCUAUCAGAUGGACCCAAUGAUAAAAUUCAAGCAGUCAUUGAUUCUGGAGUAUGUAGAAGACUUGUGGAGCUUCUGAUGCAUAAUGAUUAUAAAGUGGUUUCUCCUGCUUUGCGGGCUGUGGGAAACAUUGUCACAGGAGAUGAUAUUCAGACACAGGUAAUUUUGAAUUGUUCAGCUCUGCAGAGUUUAUUGCAUUUGCUGAGUAGCCCAAAGGAAUCUAUCAAAAAAGAAGCAUGUUGGACAAUAUCGAACAUUACUGCUGGAAAUAGGGCACAGAUUCAGACUGUGAUAGAUGCUAGCAUUUUUCCAGCCCUCAUUAGUAUAUUACAAACUGCUGAGUUUCGGACAAGGAAAGAAGCAGCUUGGGCCAUCACAAAUGCAACUUCUGGGGGAUCAGCUGAACAAAUCAAGUACCUUGUAGAGCUGGGUUGUAUCAAGCCACUUUGUGAUCUACUCACAGUUAUGGAUUCUAAGAUCGUACAGGUUGCCCUCAACGGAUUGGAAAAUAUUCUGAGGCUUGGAGAACAAGAAGCCAAAAGGAAUGGCACUGGCAUCAACCCUUACUGUGCUUUGAUUGAAGAAGCUUAUGGUUUGGAUAAAAUUGAGUUCCUUCAGAGUCAUGAAAAUCAAGAGAUCUACCAGAAGGCCUUUGAUCUUAUUGAGCAUUAUUUCGGGACUGAGGAUGAGGACAGCAGCAUUGCACCCCAGGUUGACCUCAAUCAGCAGCAGUACAUCUUCCAGCAAUCUGAGGCCCCUAUGGAAGGUUUCCAGCUUUGAAGCAACAUCCGGCUUUCUUCUUCCUGUGUCAAACCAGGCAACCCAGUCAAGUCCUGUUGUGGAAUCCACAGUUCUCAUGGAGCUAACUUCUCAAAUGUUUUCCAUAAUACUGUUUGCGCUCAUUUGCUUGCCUUGCGCACCUGCUCUCUUAUACACAUCUGGAAAACCUCUGGCUCUCUGUGGUCGGAAUACCCAUCUAAUAAAGAGGGUAACCAGAACAGCCCAUUCUCUUACGGAAAAUCCCUAAGCUUUGGAGAUUCGCACUUACACGAGUCAUGGGAAUAUAUACAUAUUAUUGUGGCUCACGUUUUUUGUGUGUGGGGUAGAAAGAGGACUCCUCCUCAUCCCAUAAAAGAGGGAAAAAUACUGACCUUUAAGAUGAGACUUAACUUUUAUUUUGAAUUUCACACAGCUAAUUGCAACAAGAGAGAUGUUUAGAUCUGUCGUGUACUUUAGAGUACUUUUCAUGAGUUCUUCCACAGUGAACCUUGGAUUACCUGGUGGCUUUUUGUAGCCAAAUUUGCAUUAAUCUUUGAGAUUGGAUGGUUUUUUUCCUCUAUUGGUGACAUUCUUCACAGAUAUUAAAGUUAAACCAUCCGCUCCCUCA